CCCCACGCGGGAACAGCGCGCGCCAACCGGUUGUUUUGCUGCGUUACGAGCGAGCGUCAUCACCACAUCGCAAUGCACUAGAAAAGGAUGGCGCUCGUGUGUGAGUGAAAAUAUGUGUUGCGUGGUGGCUACGAGUUCCUUCAUCCCAUCGAUCAGGCUACAGCUGCUCUGCUUACGCGGAGGUUUGCACACACUAUUGCAGCACAACGCCAAACUAUAGUACUGCUGCUGUUGCCGUUGUCUUCCUUGGAAUUGACGUAAUCUCUCGUGGAAUUGACGACAGUUUGAAAACAGUUGUUUGCAUGGGAUUCAAGUGAUUCUUUUAUGUGAAAUUAUGGUGGUCGACGAGGACCAUGAGCUCAACAAAGAGAGCUUGGCCAGAGUUAAGCUGAUAUCACACAAGAAGAGGCAGUUGGAGGAAACGGCUGAUCAUGUGCGAAAUAACAUAAAGGGUUGCUUUGAACGACUUGCUCAAGCCCUAAAAGGUCGCGAGAAGCAGCUGCUACGUCAAGUCGAGGCCAUCCACAGACAGCAGCUGUCGUUAGUCCAAUCAAAUUUGGAACUACUUCCAGCCCUUAGCUCAGAUCUCGAGGCGAAGCUCGAUAAUGAGCAAGAGUUGAUCGAGCGUUUGUUAAAUUUCGGCAAAAUCGAGUUGGCGAACAGCAUAGCCGUGAACGACUCGGAGCCGUACAAAGCCGAGGAGUAUCUGGAGACUAGCGAGGAUGUAGUUAGUUUUGACAAAUCGCUCAAGACCGAGAAGUACAACGAAAUUGACGUGACCAGCGUAAUUCGUCGGAAACGCGAUAGUUCCGGCAAUCACACCAAAAAUAUCACUAUUAAUCUCAAUUGCACAUCCUGCGAGACCUGCAAAUUAGAGACUGACGCUGUUCCUCCAGCGGUAGCAGGUCCGUCAAGAUUAAUCGUGGACAGGCCAGCGACACCGACGAGCGCCAGCAGUGGCACGAGCACCAGUAACUCCGUACAGCAGUCACCUUUGAAAGGAAACAUGGUUUUCGUGGAAAUCAAAUCCCCAACAUGCAGUGAGAAUUCCGUUAAUCCUCAGACUCCAAGUACAAGCGAGAAAUACAGCGAAAACAUAUUUUUUGAGUUCGAGACUAAGAACGCUAACAUCGAGCCAUCGGUGCAACAAAAUGGAAAUACCGAAAGUAAUGUUUCCAAGUCGAGCGAAGUUAAGAGCAACGAUAAUAAUCUCGACAAAGCAUUUGAUAAUAAUAAAAUUGAACACUCAAUACAAAUCCAGCAAUGGCUGCAGAAAAUUCUGACCGAGACCGAGACUGAGCCAAUCAUUCACGAGAUCGGACAGUUCUCCAGCAUACCAAAUAGUCGGCUGUACCGCGAAUUUCCCGUAGAAACGUAAAAGUCUGAUGUACUUGUAGGAAUUAUUGCACGCAGAAUUACACGUAAUACAAAAGUGACAAAACAAACAAAAAAAGGCUAAGGACGUCGAUAAUUAUUUAUUAGAAAAAAAGAGAACGAAGCAGAGAGAGGAAUUGCUCCUAUACGCUUACUUAUUAUAUAUUAGCGAGGGAAUUAAAAUUUCUUUGGUUUACAAUUUAAUACCAAGUCCUUUCAGGGGCCAAUAAUAUUCCAUCGAAGAAAUAUGUAUGGAAUGUGAAUCAAGAAGUCUGAUUUACCAUUUCUGCUACCUUGCUCUCUCACUAUCUAUAUAUUCCUCUUCUUCUUCUUUCACGGAUGUUAUUUAUUUCUAAUGUUUUAGGUUAACAAAUUCAUUUCGACAACGCAUGUGCAUUCAUGAUUUAUACUUACAAUAUGAUAUAUAGAUACUGU